ACGAGCGGGGCCGCAUCCGUGCUGGUCAGGGCUCGGGACAACCACGACUUUUGCAGCCUCCCUUGUGCCCACGCGCGGGGCUGCAUCUGUCCUGGCCACGGCCCGGGACAAGCAGGAGUUUGGCAGUUUCCCCCUCUGCCCACGAGUGGAGCUGCAUCCAAGGCUCGGAACAAACACUUCUGCAGCUUUCCCCUCUGCCAGCGUCUGGGAUCCCCUCUGUGCUGGCCCGGGCUCGGGACAACCACGACUUUUGAAACCUCCCCCUGUGCCCACGAGUGGGGCUGCACCCCUGCCAGGGCUCGGGACACCCACUUGCGCAGCCUCCGCGGUGCCAGCGCUGGGGACCGCUCGGCGCAGACUCCGCCGCGGGACGCCCCGCUCCCCGGAGCCUCCUCGGGCCCCGACGCCUCUCCCGGGGCCGCGGGGGCGCCGCCGCCCGCCCCGUCUCUCCCCACUACGCCCCCCGGGGAGGGGCCGAGCCGCGCCAGAGCCGCUCCCGCCGCGCCGAGCGCUGGGGCAGAGGCGGCGGCUCGGAGGGGGCUGCGCCGCGCUGGGUCGCACCGGGAGCGUCCCGCAAGGGCUGGGAAGAUGCUCCGGGGCGUCGCGCCCGCGGUCGCCUUCGCCGACGACAUCCUGGGCGCCUUCGGCUCCAACAGCAGCCUAUCGGCCGGGCAGCUCUCGGCGCUGCUGCAGCGGCUGGGAGCCGCGCCGGGAGCAGAGCUGCCGCUCACCCACCUGCACCACAACCAGUGCUUGACUGGUGAAGAGAUUUUUUCUUUGCAUGGGAUACCGAACAACAGUUAUAUAUCAAAUUCAGACUUCUCUACAAUAUGUCCUGCUGUUUUGCAACAGCUGAUUUUUCACCCAUGUGAUCACCAGGAAAACUCUGUGGAUACAUCUAAACCACAUUCUUUGCAAGUUUGGGGAUUUGGGUUCCUGGCUGUGACUAUCAUUAACUUGGCAUCACUCCUGGGAUUGAUCUUAACCCCCCUCUUAAAGAAGUCAUAUUUCCCCAAGGUUUUAACCUACUUUGUGGGCUUGGCCAUUGGUACUCUCUUUUCUAAUGCAAUUUUCCAGCUCAUUCCUGAGGCAUUUGGGUUUGACCCCAAAGUAGAUAACUAUACUGAGAAGGCAGUCGCUGUGUUUGGUGGAUUCUAUAUUCUCUUCUUUGUGGAAAGGAUUCUUAAAGUGAUACUGAAGAUCUAUAAUCAGACUGGCCAUAAUGACUCAGAAAAUGGCGAAAAGAAUUGUUCUCAGGAUAAGAGUAACCUUCCCAAACCACUACCAUCCAGCAAUGGGGGUGCGUGUUAUGCAAACUCAGCUGUCAUAGAGAGCAAUGGAAAUCUUGGUUUUGAUAGCAUCAGUGUGGUCUCAGCACAGGAAGAAGCCACCCAAGGCAGGUUAUGCAAGUGUCUCAGUGAGCGUCCACUGUCAAAGAUUGGGACCAUUGCUUGGAUGGUAACACUGAGUGAUGCCGUACAUAAUUUCAUAGAUGGUUUGGCUAUUGGGGCUUCUUUCACUUUGUCUCUACUUCAAGGGCUUAGUACCUCCAUAGCCAUCCUGUGUGAAGAGUUUCCUCAUGAACUGGGGGAUUUUGUCAUCUUACUUAAUGCAGGAAUGAGUACUCGACAGGCUCUGUUUUUCAACUUUCUGUCUGCAUGUUCCUGUUAUAUUGGUUUGGCUUUUGGUAUAUUAGUAGGGAACAACUUUGCUCCUAACAUCAUCUUUGCCGUAGCUGGUGGAAUGUUCCUGUACAUCUCUCUGGCAGACAUGUUCCCAGAGAUGAAUGAUAUGCUGCGAGAGAAAGUGACAGGAAGAAAGGUGGAUCUCACAUUCUUCCUUAUUCAGAAUGCUGGUUUGCUAACGGGGUUUACUGCUAUACUGUUGAUUACCUUGUAUGCAGAAGAUAUUCAGCUGUGAUAAUGCAGGUGAAAAUGGAAUCAGUACUGAAGACAUCAAGUAAAUUACAAAUGGAAGACACUUGAAAUCUAUAAAGGGACAUUGGUUUUUUCUACUGGUUUUGAAAUAAUGACAAAUUGUCUUGCCCCCCUUGGUCCAAAUACAAGAAAUUCUUCUUUAGGAGUCAACUGAAAUAGUAGGAGCUGUCAACUUCUGUACUAUGCCAAAGAAAAAGUUCUAGUAUUUUUAUUUUUACUUAAAAUUAUCAGAUGUGUCUGAGCUGUCAUAGACAAAGGAUGUUAUGUGGCCAGUAGAAUUAUGCAACACAUGCAACUACGUGCAACUCAAGACCAAAUGAAAUCUGAGGUCUUCAAGGAAGGUGCUUAUUUAAACAAAAAAAUGGAGUCUCAUAUCCUUUUUUAACUGUGAUGAAGGGAAGCAGUUUAAAAGCUGGUUAAUUUUCAUUACUUUUGUUGCAGGAUUUGUCUGUGUAACAUCCCCUUCCCCCACUCUCUGAGAAUAAUAAUAAUAAAAAAAAAUCAAACUAUUUCAGAGUAGGUACUAAUGAAGCUAAGAUUUUCAAUUACUAAUUAACACUGAAAGGAAAGGGACCCGUUACUGCUUUUGAUCUGUUCUUUUUAUAAGUGCACUAGGGAAUUGAUGAUUUAUUUUGAGAACCACUUUUUUUUAAUUAGAGGGAACCUGUGUUCAAUUUAUGACAAUUUAUCAGCUCCAUAAUAGAAACGUUGAGUAUUUUGAAAAUGUUCAAGUAUUUUAUAUUUUAUGAAAAUAAUUAUGUUUUAUAUUUAAGUUCCACAGAUAUCCCUUUUAAAAAUCAGUAUUUUGAGCUAAAAUUUUGGAAGAUUUAUUGUUAGUUUUAGAAAGUGGAAUUUAGGAAAAUCUUGCUAAAAUCAACAUUCCAAUAAGUAUUUAUGUGAUUUGAAUAAUUUUCUUGCGUGCAGUUGGGUGAAAGUAAGAGAUAAUAAAAUACAUAAACUCCUAUCACAAUCAGUUGUACGUGAACUUUCCAAAUUAGUGUUUAUAUGUAUGGGUUCUUCUGGAAUAAAGAAUUCAACAGCUCUGGUGUGUGCAAGGAAAUUAAUAAAAAAUAUAUUCUGUUUCAGUUACUGCUAAGCUUUGAAGGAAGUGUUAUUAUUCUUUAGUAAGUUACUGCUUUGAUUGAUAUUUAGGCAGGCUUUACAACUCAAAAGAAAAUACUGUUUCUUGACAUAUUUCCUGGCUGUAGGGCGGGACAUAUCUUUUAUUUUCAAUUCGUUAUUAAAAUAUGUUUUCUAUCAAGUAAAGGAUUUAUUUAAAUAUUUUCUUUGAAUCUCAGCUGUAAUUAUAUUAGAAAAAAUGAUUUCUGGGUGUCUAGUUGAUAAAAAAGACAAACUGCCCAGGAGCUGUAAAUUAUACUUUUGAAAAAUAUGUUAGAAAUGUUAAAAUUUAAUUAUAGUAGUCUUUGUUUGCUGUAUGGGAAAAGCAUUUAUUAGUCACUUUAUGCCACUGAGUUUCUGUGAAGAAGAGCCCACCUACUCCAUGUUCUUUCCUUUGUUAAUUCCUUGGAUAUAAGCUGUUUCUAAAUGCUACUCUUGUGUAUGACAGGAACGUAUUAUAGUAAUAGACUUUUUAAAAUCAUUUGACCAUUCCUAGUUCAUCAGAUUAUUAUGAUAAUAUGCCUGCAUGGUACUUUUCACCUUUAAAUCCAAACAUUUGCAGGGGAGCAUUGAUGUUUGUUAUGUCCCUAAGGAGGAAAAACUGAGACAAAUGGAUCAUUGAAAUAACCUACUUUUUGAUCACAGAACAGACUAGAGCUGCAACAAAGUCUGUUUUUCAAGGUAGUGCUUUAGUCACAGACUGAAUUGUCUUUCCUGUUAGUGGAAUAUUAAGUUCAUAAGGAAGUUUUUUGAUUUCUGUGUGAGCUGGUUUGUCUGUAUAAUCUUUGCUAUUAUGUUUGUCCAGUACAUAUAAUUAUUCCCGUUCUAGGACUGCCAGUUAUUUCCUAGAUUUUGCUGAUAUGUCCAGGUUGGAAGAGGCAUAAACAAAGACUCAAAAAAUUUUGUUUAGUGACAAAUAAGACUGCAUUAAGUUACUUCCUAAAAGUUUGGGAAUUAAUAGAGGGAAAGAUUUUCAUAUUCUUACUCAUGUUAAUGUCAUCUGUAACACUGUAUAUCUUGUGCUGUUGCUUCAGCCUGUUCUUUUCAACAAUUUUGCAAAUUCUGUAUGUAAUGUAAUUUCAGAGGGCUCUUAUAUGCUUUCGAAUUUAUUAUUCUCUUAGGGCAAAUUGGAAGAUACACUUGGGAAGAUAUUCUGUGUUAACAAUACUAUUGUAGAUAGUGUAUUGUUGUAAUCAGGUCGUUGUUGUAAAGUUUCCUCUGUUUUUCAUGAUGUGGUUCAUGACCCAAGACACACCUCAGUAAAUUUCACCAGAAACGGGGGAAAAAUCCAACACCUCAAACCCCCUCCACCUUUAAAAGACACUGAAAAGGGAAGAAAAAUUCAUUUGGGAGCCAAAAGCAUAUGAAGAGCAACGUGGACAAAAGAUAAACCCUAGAGUUCUGAUCUCUUGAAGAAGGAAUAUGCAGAAAAAUGAAAUGGUUUAUAGAGAAACUUGUCAAAAAUGUGAUACAUAAUUACUCUCCAUGAUUUCAGGAAAAAUUAAUUGAAAAAUUAAAUUGCUUCUUGAAGUUGAGGGUUAUUACUUUUGAAAUUUUGAUAAGUCCUUUACUGAGUAAGGAUUUAAAGCAUCACAAUAAAAAUUCCAUCUGAGCUAUAACCAGCUAAAUUAAAUAUCAAACCCUGAACUCAUGAACAUGAAUUCAGAACAAUGUCUUCUGUACAUUGAAGUAUUGGCCGUGUGGCUCCAUCAGGUUUUGCAGUCUGCCUGAAGCUUUGCGUUGCAUUAGUUAAAAGAGCUACAAAACCUGAUGUACGUAGUUUAAAGAUGACUUCAACGUGGAUAAAUUACGUUUAGGUAUGCUUUUGAUAGCAGUGGAAACAUCUAUUUGAUACACACAGAGAAUC